AUGUCUUUGUACGAACUUGCCGACGGUAUUCUGGAGACUCACGUCACCUGGGACGAUGUGGAAGCGGAUAUUCAGAAGACACUGGGCACGAGGGCAAAGUUCGGAGAGAACAAGAAAGCGACCAAUAUCAGUGACAUGAAAGUGAGUAAAACUAUUAAGUUGUUGAAUUAAAGUACUAAUUUUAAGGGAUUCAUGUCCAGAAUUGCAUUGGUGGACGCUGAUUGGAUCAAUGUGGAGGAAGGAGUUGAAUUGCCACAAAGAUUCAUUGUGAAGGUGAGCGAAAUCGUUGAAAUACCCUGAAAUAGCCCAUUGAAAUUCCAGAUUUCAUCACAAAUACCUAUCAUAGCCAUGUCUAAAAUCAUGAAAUUCGACGGCGAGGAUGGAUUUGGAGAGGAAAAGCUGAAGAGCCUAUCGAAGUUAACCAGGGAAUGUCACAAUCGAGAAGUGGGAGCGUAUAAACUCCUCACAAAGUUCAACCACCCUGACAUCCCGUACACAAAGGUACACUAAUCACUUUCUCGUGAUACUAGUCGUCUGUAAUAUUUAGGUGUACACCUUGAAACCGUUCGAUGAUGAUCAAGAUCUGAAAGGCUACAUAAUAGCGGAUUACGUGCCGGACGUGCACCCAAUCAAGAUGUUCGAGUCGAUUCCGGCGGAUGAUCUCGUCUCGCUCGUCCGCGGAAUCGCCACGUUUUCAGCGCUCGGAGAGACUGUUACGGAGGAAGAGAAGAACUACGCGGGGGGACCCGAGUACCUCGACCUGCUCUUCGGACAGUUUAUGAACGAGAAAGGUCUCGAAAUCAACUUUGCCACUCUUCGGAAGGCGUUUAGUGAAGAAUAUCAGGAGAAAGUGGAGACACUCAUCAGGAUAUUUUGGCAGUACAGCUCCUCCUACAAAAGAUAUACAAAGAUUCAUGAGCUGCUCGGAUUCAAGUUAGUUCUGAAUCAUGGCGAUUUGUGGCAAUCGAACAUGAUCCAUACUUUGGAUGGAAACGGGAAACUCCAAUUGAAAGCUAUAAUUGACUGGCAGGCGUUGUCGAGAUUGCCGGCUGGAUUGGAUCUCUCGCGACUUCUGCUCGGAUGUCUCAGCACCGAAGAUCGUCGUGAACGAGGAGUCGAACUUUUGAAGUUGUACCACGAGACGUUCACUUUAACUCUUGGCAAAGAGCUCUUCUCGUUUCAGGAGGUACUCUUCAUUAACUAUUUUUGAUUUCCACUCCCAGUUUCCAGGUGUACGACUCUUAUCAGUUGUACCUGCCAAUGAUGUCGAUUAUGGUGCUGCCGGGAAUCGUGACAUUCUUCGAGUCGACUGAUUUGCCAGAAAGUGAAAAGGCAGAGCAAAGGAAAGAAGUGAUGGCGAAGGCGAUCGGAUUGUUGGAGGACACGCUCAAGGCGCACGACUACAACUUAAAGCACUUUUCCGAAUUUCUUCAGUUCUAG